AUGAGUGAUACAGAUAGUGAAAAAGAGGAGAAUGAGGUCAAGAUCGUUAGAAAUGAGUCUUCAGAUUCCAGUUAUGAAGACGAAAAGGAAAAGGUACAUGAAAGAGAUCAAUUUUUGGAAGAAAAAAUGACAACAGCACAACCACUACCUCGUAGAAAAAGAUUUAUCCCAAAAUAUGAUGUUGAUGGCGUUUAUAAAGUGGUACUUGGAGAAGAAACACAAAUACAAAUAGAAAUGGUUGUCGGUACUCAUGUCAAUGCCCAAUACCCGUGGAAAUCUGUCACCAAAGAGAAAAUAAUAGAAACUAUUGAAGUAGGUGGCGAGUUAUCUGAAUUUUUCCCUUUAAAAGAACCUUUAGAAAAGUAUACUGAAGAAUUAGUAUUAAUAGGAUAUAUAGUCGAUGAGUCUAAUGAUGUGGAUGAAUUUUAUGUAUGUUGUACAACAGAAGCCCGUGAUCAUUGUAAACAACAAUCCGAUAGAUUUAUAAGAAGGCAAGAGAAGAAAUUAGAAAAAGCUGUACAAAAGAAACCUAGACCUUGGAAAAGUUUAGGCAGUGAAGUGGAGAUAAAAGAAUUGGUACCAAUAAAUAUGAGACCUUUGUUGGAGAUAGAAAUAAAAGCUAAGUUUCCAAAAUAUUAUGAGCCUGAAAAAUUUAAGGUUAGAGAUACAAAUUCUAUUAGAGAUGGUUAUAUAGAGUUGACCCCAUAUAGACAGAAAUUUAAUAAUGUUUUUCGACGUAGAGUUGACUGUGCAGUUCAAGCCGCUCCACCUACAAUACCGAAUUAUGCCCAAACUGAACUUCGCUACCCUCAAAAUAUGUGGACGCAAUCUAUAGCUGAUGCGUUGGGAAAAGUAGAUAAUGUUGAUGCUGGUGGAGAUACUGGCCAAGAACAAAAACCAGAUAAGAAUAAAGAACGGAAGAGCUCUGAUGAAGAGGAAGAAGAGGUCACAGAACCUCCAGAUGAAGUUGGCUUGCAAGCAUAUAAAAAUGCAUUAUUACGUAUGCGAAGACCUUCUUAUAUAAAAAAAAUCAAUACUUUCAUGAAUGAAAAGAAAACUGAGAUGGAUUCUAUUGUUGAACUUAAUACAGUGAUGGAUAUUUAUUGUAACGACUAUCCUGACCUAGUAGCAGAAAAAACUGUAGAUAUUUAUGAUACAAUGACUUUUGAAGAAUAUGUUUGUUUUACGGAUGUAAGAGCUAAAAAUAAAUAUAUAUCAUCUGCCGUUUUUCAUCCAAUGUGGUCUGGGAUUGUAGCUAUUUCUUAUUCUGAUGGUUCGCCUGUUGUGAUGAAAACACUAAGUACUCGUCAUGAUCCCAUUCAACGGGCUGUAUACGGUCUAAAUCCAGUUUUGAUAUGGAGCCACAUUGACAGUUUGAUAUCAAAACUUUAUUUAGAGUCUCCAAGGGAAGUGAAAGUUCUAUCGUUUUGUCCAUUUGAUGAGAAUAUUUUAAUAGGAGGAUGUAUCAAUGGCCAAGUUGUCGUUUGGGAUAUUACAAAUAAAUUAGAUAAUGUGGAAAAAAUUGAAGUACUUAGUGAAACCCGUGAAAAAUAUAAAAUUGCGAUGAAUGCGCAUAUGGGGUGGAUGAAGAAUGUACAGGAUAACGCUGUUGUUCAAUCUACGGCCUUAAGCAAUUUAAUGACAAGCCAUUAUGGACCUAUUACUUCAAUUAACUGGCUUUCACCCAAUUUCAAUGUUACUUCGACAGGUAAAUCGCUUAUGAUGACAGACAAUAAAAAAUCAAUGUUGUUUUUUACAGGCUCUGAAGAUGGUCUAAUAUUAAUUUGGAGUUUAUCUGUAGAAAAUGUGACACUUUUUGAAGGAAAGAAGGUGAAAAAGUCUAAAAGAGUAUUGAAAAGACCUUCAGGUUUGUUAGUAGAUUUCUCACCUUUAAAGGUAUUAGACCGUAAUUUGCAACCAUGUUAUAAAAUUUUAUUAGGCGUUGCGGGUCAACCGCAAACUUUGCCACUUCAAAGUUUUGGAAUGAAUCCUCCGGUUAUAAAAUAUACGUAUGUGCCGAGAAAUACGGGUACAGGAAGAAAGUACUUUACUUGUGAAAUAGUCCCUCAAAGUGAAUGUGAAAUUAAUACUAUUCUAUAUUGUGGAUCUCAACAUGGUGAAUUAGCGAGAAUUACAUGGGAAGGGCAUGAAUUUAAUACGGGUGAGGUCGUAAACUCUGAAUAUAGCGACAUAAAAUUUAACUGUUACAUUCAUGAUGGUACAAUAACACGAACACAGAAAAAUCCUUUUAUAAGUCAUAUAACAUUGACAGUAGGAGGAAAAAUAUUUGCUAUAUGGUCUGACAAAUUAGAAAAUAGGCCUUUAAUAUGGAAGAAAAGGCCCUGUCGAUUAACUGAUGGUACUUGGUCGUUAUAUAAGCCUAGUUUAUUAUUCAUAACAACAUCUGAAGGAGAUUUGGAAACUUGGGAUUUGUUACUACGAAGCGAUCAGCCAAUAGCAGUUCAAACUUUAUCCGGGAAUAUGCUGACUAGUGUGAGUUUACACACACUUCCCUUAGCGAAAAAUAUUAUUGGAGUUUCUGAUAUUAAUGGCUCUUUUAGAAUGUUUUUAUAUCCUUCAAUUUUUAUGAUUGAUAAUCCAGCAUAUAUAGGCCGAAUGGAAAGCAUGAUUAUAAGAGAAUUAAAGGUCAUACAAACUUUUAUAGAAUGGCAAAAUGAAUGGAUGGAGAAUAAUCCUGAAAUAUUGCAAGAAAUAAGAAGAAAAGAAGGAGAGUUGUUAGCUCUAAAAGAAGAACAAAAACGUAAAUUAAGAGAAGAAGAAGAAAGAAGACACGAAGAGGAAGCGGAAGCCAAGAGACAGCAAAAAUUGAAAGUCAUCGGGCCAGAAGAAAGAUGGCAAAAUAUAAUAAAAAAGCUCAUAGAAAAAACGAUUGCUGUCAAGAAGAGGAUAAAUAGAGCAGAACUAAUCGAACAUGAAAAACCACUACGUGAAUUGGAAGCUCAGCGUUUAGAGAAGGAGCGACGAAUGUUAGAUAUAAUGAAGAAUCAAAAUACAAUUUUUAACGAUACCGUUGCUAUUCUAUUCCCUGAAGCUAUUAAAAAAGAAGAAAAGAUUAAAAAAAGUUAUCUAACUGAGGGUAAGAGUAGUUUGAAGAAACGUUACUUAGAAAGUUAUGAAGAGUUGAAAAAUACCGCGAGUAAAACUGUACGGGAACAUAGUUUCAAAAUAGAUUUCUCUUGGGAAAAUACGUUGUAUGAGGGAAAAGAUCGAAGGCAGGCAUUAAACGCUCAUGAAGAAUUUAUCAAAAUGCAUAAAACAAGAUUGGAUAGGGAAGGUAAAAUUCCAAAACAACAAACAUCACUACACGAAGGCUCUUUGGGUGAGAUUGAGGAAGCGUCAGAUACUGAUUUACCUCAAAGCGAA